AUGGAGAUUGAGGAACAGCGUCGCAGGGGCUGGGUUUCCGUCAGCGCGGCUGGCGUCGGCGAUGGCUGGGUCGCAUGGGCGAGAGGGGUUGUGGGAGGGGGGGUCUGGCAUCAAGUCGCUAAGAGAGCUUUCAUUCUAUUUGUUGAUAUGGAUGAUUAUGGUGUUUCUCCUUCUUCUCCUUCCUCUAUUUGUGAGAAAUACGACGUCUUUCUCAGUUUUAGAGGUGCAGACACGCGCCAUAACUUCAUAAGUCAUCUUUUUGCUGCAUUGACACGAAAGCAGAUCAAGACUUAUAUCGACGAGGAAAGCCUUGAGAAAGGAGACGACAUCAAUAUCGCACUUCCUAAAGCAAUUCAGAAGUCAAAGAUUGCAAUAAUCAUUUUCUCAAAAGAUUACGCUUCUUCAACCUGGUGUUUGCGUGAGCUCGAACGUAUACUUGAAUGUCACCGAGAAAAUAAACAGAUGGUAAUAACUAUUUUUUACGAAGUAUAUCCAUCUGAUAUACGGGAACAAAAAGAAAGUUAUGAGAAGCCAUUCAUAGAGCAUGAAAAUCGUUUUAAGGACAAAAUGAAAAUGGUCAAUAAUUGGAGAGUUGCUUUAGCAGAAUCAGCUGAUCUAUCUGGAUGGGUUUCACGAGUCACAAGAACAAUAUUCGAGUAA